CACUGGGGCUAGAAGAAGACAAAAGGAGGUCAGCGCAAAGCCAAGGGUCCCUCGCUCACCAUGGGCCCCUGGCAGCUCUGGCUGCUCCUGCUGCUGAGCAGCGGCGCCUGGACACAAGAGGAUGGUUUGGAAAACGCAAGUCCACUUUGCUCAAAAGAUGCUACUAGAUUUAAGCACCUCAGGAAAUAUGUUUACAGCUAUGAAGCAGAAACCACAAAUGGGGUAGCAGGAACAGCAGAUUCACGGAGUGGCUCCCAAAUUAACUGCAAGGUCGAACUGGAAGUCCCACAGCUAUGCAAUUUUAUUCUAAGGACAAGCCAUUGUAGCAUGCGUGAGGUGUCUGGUACUGAUCCUGAGGGCAGGGUUUUGUUAAAGAAAGCAAGGAACACAGAUGAAUUUACCACUGCCAUGUCAACGUAUGAGCUGAAGUUCAGCAUCCAGGAUGGUAAGAAUGUCGAGCUGUAUCCUGAAGACGGUGAACCGACCCACAUCCUAAACAUCAAGAGAGGCAUCAUCUCUGCUCUUUUUGUGCCGAUGGAGACAGAAGUCGAUGUCCAGACACUCACUAUGGAUACGGUGUAUGGAAAAUGUGAGAGUGAAGUUGAAGUAAAAACCAGGAGAAGCAACACUGCGGUCGCAGCAGGCAUCGCAAUCAAACGGAACCUGAAGUCCUGUGAUAACUUUAACCCUAUCAGGGAUCAUGUCAGUCCCAUUGCCCUCAUCAAAGGACUGAACACACCCUUAUCCACCCUGAUUAGCAGCAACCAGGAUUGUCAGUAUUCCAUUGACACAAAGAAAAAGCAAGUAUCUGAGGCAGUCUGCAUUGAGAAGCACUUGUUCCUGCCUUUCUCAUACAAGAAUACGUAUGGCAUGAUGGCCACAGUCAAACAAACUCUGAAAAUUGAAGAAACCCAGAAAACCAACAACAGGGACAUGGAUGUCAAUGGCCUGGUGAAGCGAGGACUGGCUUUGGAGGGUGUUGAGACCAAAUCCUCCAGGAAUGGUGAUGCGGUUCUGAAAGUCCUCCAGGAUCUACAGAAACUCUCAGUCACCCAGGAGAACCAUAAAAGGACCAGUCUUUUCUACAAAUUUGUAGCUGGAUUGAGAGGCUUACACAACAGCACCCUGGGCCCACUUGUGCCAAAGAUGAUGGAAACUUCCAGCUCCAUCACUGUACAGGCUCUGACGCAAUGUGGCACUCCAGAAUGUUUUGGAGCUCUCCUGCAAAUACUGAGAACUGGCAACGUGGAUCCACUUCUGGUAGAUACCAUCACUUACAGUUUAGGACUGCUGCUGUCUCCUCGUGCCUGGACAAUACAUGAACUCCUUAACAUGGCCCAGUAUCGCCAAAGCCGAGCUACAUUUUAUGCCUUGAGCCAUGCAGUCAACAGAUUCUAUGCUGUUAGACCUGUGGCAAAAGAAAUUAAUGAUGUGGCACAUUACAUGACAUCACUGAUUGGCAACGAAUGCUCUGGUGAUGAGGAACUCACUUACCUGACUCUUAGGGCUAUUGGAAAUAUGGGCAAAGCAAUGGAAGAAACCAGUGCUAAUGUGAAACAUUAUUUAAAAAUAUGCAUAAGAAGUAAUGUUGCAUCACCUGCAGUCCAGAAAGCAGCUAUUCAGGCACUGAGAAAAAUGGAAAUUACUGAUGAGGACCAAGGAGUUCUUGUUAGGGUUUUCCAAGAUGCCUCCUCUCCAGUCGAGAAGCGCCUGGCUGCUUAUCUAAUGCUGAUGAGACACCCUUCCCCAUCUGAUAUCUCCAAAGUGGUUAAAUCUCUUCUGAAGGACAAGAAUGACCAAGUGAAAAGCUUUGUGGCCUCCCACAUUGCCAACGUCUUAGACACGAAAGAUCCUUACAAUGAAGAACUUAGAAGCAAAAUUCAAGAAGCUCUUAAAGGAGCCCAAGUUCCAGCACCCAAAGACUUCCAAAAGUUUUCACGAAACUACCAGACAGACAAGACCAUGUUAGUGCCUGGAUUUCCUGACCCAUUUACAGCAAGCUGGGAAGGGAAUCUGCUCUUUGAUUCAAGCAGCUAUUUACCAAAGGAAUCCAUGCUAAAAAUGAUGCUUCAGACACUUGGGCACCGACCUCUGGAUCUGUUCGAGAUUGGCUGGGAUGGAAAGAACUUCGAGCCAACAAUAGAAGCCUUGUUUGGACCGAAAGGAUUUUUCCCUGACAGUGCCACCAAAGCGUUGUACUGGGUUGAUGGCCGAGUACCAGACGACAUUUCCCAAGCCCUCUUUGAUUAUUUUGGAUACCCCAAGGAUGGCUCGAAGGAUCAGGAUGUAAUGAAAGGAAUCAUGCUCAAUUUUGAAAAAGUGGUCAAAGAACUCACCACCAAAGAAUCACCUGAAGCCAGAGCCUACCUUCAGAUCUUCGAAGAAGAGCUUGGCUACUUGAAACUUAACGAUGUGAAGCUUCUAGGAAAUCUGAUUCUCAGAAGCCUUAAAACUCUUCAGACUGUCCCUGAGAAGGUUGCCCAGCUCAUCUCAAAGGGAUUCGCGAAUGACCUGUUUGCUCACUACAUCUUCAUGGACAAUGAAUUUGAGCUCCCAACUGGUGCAGGACUGCAGCUCCAGUUUGCCUUCUUGGGAGUAGCCACUCCUGGAGCGAAGGUUGGACUGAAUCCUUCACAGAAAAAUUUGCAAAUGGAACUGAUUGCUAAACCCUCCGUGGGUGUUGAGUUCAUCACUCAUCUAGGAGUGAAUAUCCCUGAGUUUGCUAGAAGUGGUGUGCAGAUGAAUACUAAUAUUUACCAUGAGUCUGGACUUGAAGCCCACGUUGGGUUGAAAGCUGGACAACUGAAGCUGACGAUGCCUGCACCCAAGACUCCAACCAAAAUCUUCAGUGUCAGCAAUGUCUUGCACUUGGUCACCUCCACUCGGACCGAAGUGAUUCCCCCACUGAUUGAAAACAGAGAAUCCCGAAUAUCUUGCACGCCUUUCCUUACUGGCGUGAACCUUUGUACCAAACUAGAAUACUCCAACGCCAGUUCCAUUGAGGCAGCCCCAUAUUAUCCUCUCACUGGAGAAACCAGGUAUGAGAUUGAACUCCAGCCAUCAGGAGAAGUAAGGGAAUACAGUCUAAGUGCCAAUUAUGAAUUGAAGAAAGAGAAGGAAGACUUAGUAGACACCAUGAAGUUCAUUGCUCAGGUUGAAGGUGUCAAACAAUCUGAAUCCACACUAAUCUUCAGGUACAACCGAGGCAAGCACAUCUUUACCAGUGAUCUCCACGUACCCUGUUUCAACAUUGACGUUGGUACCAACUUCAGAAUUACCGAUUCCUCGACUCAGGAAAGGAAGACAUAUACAUUUAUUUUAGACAUCAACAACAAGAAAGUUCCUGAAGUUACUCUUACAGGACGCAUAGGAUACAGCCCUGGAAGAGAGUCAUCAGGGGAAGCUUCGAUCUCUAUUCCACGCUUGGAAACCCAGGCGAAAACAGAUGUAUCCCUUCAGAAGUCACCAGAUGGGAUUGUGUUUCAUGUUGACUCUUCAGCCACAGCUUUUGGUUCUUCAGUUUCAGAAAGAGUUGUCUUGAAAUAUGAUAAUGAGAAAUUUGAAAUGCAAUGGAAUUCAGGCACUAGCGCUGCCUUGAAGAAAAUGUCAGGCAAACUACCUACUGAUUUUGCAGACUAUUCAAGGGCUUUCCAGAAACGGGCUAAUGAGAUGCUGGAUCACAAAGUAGUCAAUACAGAUAUGACGCUCCGCCAUAUUGUUUCUCAUUUCAUAACAGCAGUUAAUACGUGGCUACAGCAGACAUCCAGGAAUGUCCCUUAUGCCCAACAUCUAAAGGAGAGAUUGAGUGGACUUCAAGACCUAAACUUUCAGAACAUUGACCUUAUCACCAUUCCCGAGGAGCUCUUCUGGAGAAGUGACGGCCAGAUUAAGUACAUUUGGAACAAGGAGGGUGCUGUCCUCACCAUCCCUCUGCCAUUUGGCGGAAGAUCCUCCUAUGACAUACGAGUGCCCCAAACUGUCAGGACACCUCCAUUGGUAAUGGAAUCCCUGGGUAUGAACAUGCCAUCACAAGAGUACAGAAUUCCACAGUUCACCAUCCCGGAGUCUUACACACUUCGAAUCCCGUUGCUGGACACCUUUGAGAUGUCUUCCAAUGUGUACAGCAAUUACUACAAUUGGUCGGGCUCUUAUUACUUGGCAAACACCACGCGUGACACCUACAGCCUGAGAACAAGCUACUUCAUAAAGGCGGAUUCUGUGUUGGAUCUACUUUCAUACGAUGUGCGAGGUCAGGGAGCAAUAAAUUAUGACAGGAACACAUACACCGGUGAUUAUGAAAGCUCCUUGCAACACAGACUUCUCAAUUCAAAUUUUAAAUACAACGAAAGAGCCAUCUUUGAACCUAACCCCACAGCCAAAACAACUGCUGUGUUUGGUGCUUCAACCCCUCUGGGUGCUCGCUUCUCCCUGUCUCUUAACAGAAAUAGUGAAUACAAAGAUAACUUGUUGGUUGGAAAUGGAAACCUAGAAGCACAACUGGACAUUGCCUCAGCCUUUGUGAAAACCACAUAUACAGAGUUGCUCACCUAUAACACAAACAGCCAAAUGCUAGCAGCUGAAACCAACCUGAAGCUUGACUCUUCCUUCCUUCAGGCUACCAAUCAGAUCACAGGGAGGAUGAGUGAAGAUGGCUGGGGAAUCACCUCAGUCUCCAAUGUACAGAAUGGCUUUCUGACCAACACCGCUUCCUUGAAGUAUCAAAACAGCCAGCUGAAGUUGUCAUCUGAGACAGCUGGUAGGCACAGAGGCCUGGUAGCAACCAAUAAGUUUGAUGUCACUCUGGAGAAACAGGGGGCUGCACUUAGCUCAGAGUAUCGGGCCACGCAUGAACGGAACCAAGGCUAUGCUCUGAUUUCAGGCUCCGUUAAUAACCGAGGUGCUGAACUAAUUAGCCACGUGAUGGGACGAUGGCAAGGAAACAAAGCAGAACACAAAUCCACACUGAGCAUUAACCGGGAUGGGCUGGCCAGUGCUGCAACGACAACAGUGCAAUUUAGCCCCUUGAUGGUGGAGCAUGAAAUGAACGCCCGACUUGGCACCUCAGGAGCCUCCAUGACCAUCAAUGCUAACGGACGCCUUGGGAAACACAAUGCCAAGUUUGACUUAGAUGGGAAAGCGGCUCUCACGGAAGUGGUGCUCACAAGCGUCUAUCAAGGCAGCCUUUUAGAUGUGGACAGCAAGAACACUUUGAAUUUUAGAGUCAAUAAAGGAGGGCUCAAGUUUUCCAACAGCUUGGUAGGGUCCUACAAAGAAAUGAAGCUCGAACACACCCAUGACUUAAACAUUGCGGGCUUGUCCUUGACUUACACUUCGAAUUUAGACCACAUCAUCAGCUCAGCAAAAUCACACAAGCACCAUCUGGACUUGCAGCUGCAACCCUAUUCUCUCACAGCCAACGUGAACAACGACUUAAAAUACCUUGCUGCCAGUGUCAACAACAAAGCCCGGCUGCAACUUGAGCCUCUCAAGGUAAAUCUGGAUGGCAACGUGAAAGGUGCUUAUAGUGGCGAUGAGGUGAAGCACAGCUACAUCUUCACCUAUGCGGACCUGGUGGCACAUUUAAAGACUGACACUGUUGGAAGCGUUCAAGGGGCAGCUCUCGUCCACAGAUUUAGCUUGGAUGUCGCAGGACUCUCUUCUUCCAUUGCUGUCAACACAAACUGUAAUUCCAAAUUUCUAACCUUUACCAAUGAAAUUCGAUCUGCUGUGGCCCCGUUCACUAUCACCUUUGACAUGCAUACGAAUGGAGACGGGAGACUUCGGGUUUUGGGAGACCAGUCAGGGCAGCUUUACAGCAAGUUUCUGCUAAAAGUGGAGCCCCUUGCUUUUACAUUUUCUCAUUAUUACAAAGGAACCACUGAUCACAACUUCAACUCAGGGGCAAGACACAAAACGUUACUUGAUAAUAAAGUCACUGUACUUUUUACUCCAGCUGAACAAAGCAGUGCCUGGACAAUGAAAAGCCAACUCAACGAUAAUGUGUACACUCAAGAUUUUAGUGCCUUCAACAAUGCGGAAAAAAUUGGGGUGGAACUGAGUGGACAAACUUUAGCAGACCUUUCUGUAUUGGACUUCCCUAUAAACAUACCUCUCACAAGGACUGGCAGAAUCAACCUAGUUGACACAUUUGAUCUGCGGGACAAUAUAGCCCAGCCUCAAGAGUUUAGUCUCUCUCUUUCUGCGAAGUAUGACAAGAACAACGACGUGCAUGUCAUCAAUUUGCCCUUCUUGGAAUAUUUACCUGCUUAUUAUGAGCAAUGGAGGCGGUCCCUCUUAACUGUACUGAAGUCUCUUCAGAAGAACCUGAGAGAUGCAAAUGUAGAGCAGUUCAUAAGAAAAUACAGGACAGCACUGGAUAAAUUACCUCAACAGAUCAAUGAGUAUGUGAACAAUUUUGAUUUGAGAAGUAAAGCCAACAACCUAAAAGAGAGUCUGGAUGCUUUCAUAAAGGAUUAUGCAAUCACGGUAGAUGACCUUCAACUUUUUUUAGAAAAUACUAAAGCUAAUCUUCAGGAAGCUUUGUCUCGGCUGCAAAAAUUCCUGGAAGAAGCUGAAAACUACAUCAGGGAGAACUACGAUUUGAAGGCAGCUAUUGCACAACUCAUUGACCAAAUUGUUGAAAAAAUGAAAAUUCUAGACAAACAGUAUGAAAUCAGCACAAAAAUGAUUAACACUAUUCAACAAUUGCAAUCCAUUGUCUCUCAGUUUGAGCCUAGCCAGCUAGGAAAUGGAGUGGCAGCUUGGGCUCAAAAUAUGGAAGCUCAAUACAAAAUCAAAGCUCAAGUACAAGAAAAACUUGAUCAACUGAAGAGACAGAUUCAGAGGAUGGAUGCCACACAUAUUGCAGAGAACAUGAAGCUGGCGAUCCAGUCAAUCGACACUGGAAAUCUUUUAGAAAAGUUUAAAGUGUCCUUUCCACUUCAAAAACUUAAUCAAAUUCUUGAACAAAUAAAAGACAUUCUUCUCAAUUUUGCGGAAGACUAUGAAGUGUCUGAGAAGAUCAAUGUCUUCCGAGCCAAAAUGCAUGAACUUAUUGUAAACUACAAAGUAGACCAACAAGUCAAAGUUCUGAUAGAUAAGUUGGUAGAGCUGUCUAACCAACAGAAAAUCCGAGAAACAGUUCAGAAAUUGACCAACUCACUGAAGAAAAUAGACAUAAAAGUCUUCUUCAAUCAGGUACUGAAAUUUGUUGAUGAUGCAGUCAAGAAGCUCCAGACAUUUGAUUACAAAAAUCUUGUGGAUGAAAUCAAUGAUUUCCUUGAUAUUGCUAUAAAGAAAGUGAGAGCAUUCGAUUACAACAAAUUUGUAGAUGAAGCAAAUGUUAAAAUCCAGGAAGUUACACAGAAAAUCAACGAUGAAAUCAAAGCAUUAGAACUACCCCAAAAAGCAGAAGCUAUAAAACAAUACAUCAAAGAUGUCAAUGUUGUAGUUUCUCAGUACAUUCAGAAAUUAAAAGAAACAAGGCUUGCUGUCAUCAUUGACUGGUUCAACAACCUCUUAAGUUCUACAGCCAUAAGGGAACUGAAAAGUAAGACAUGUGAAUAUCUAGAAGACGCACGUGAUAGGAUUUACCGAAUGGACAUUGCAGCAGAGUGCCAAAGAUACCUUGAGAAAGUAGGUCAUUUGUAUGAUACCAUAGUCAACUAUCUAACUCAUCAGUGGAAGACUGCCUCAAAGAAGAUUAGUGCUUUUGCUGAAAAGUACAAUGUUAAAAAUAUGGCUGACAGCUUGAAUCAGUUUGUUGAAACAGGCUUUAAGGUUCCUGAAAUGAGAACAGGAAUAAUCAACAUCCCUGCCUUUGAAGUCAGUCUCCGAGCUCUUCAUGAAGCAACAUUUCAAACACCAGAUUUUAUAAUACCAUUUACUGACCUGCAUGUCCCUUCAUAUCAGCUAAACUUCAAGGAUAUGAAACACAUCAAAAUUCCAACCAGAUUUACAACACCUGAGUUUACUAUCCUAAAUGCCUUUCUGGUCCCUUCCUAUACUAUUGACCUGAAUGAAAUCAAACUGAAGAUUGUAAAGAUGAUUGAUCAAAUUCUGAGAAGUGACUUUCAGUUGCCAGAGGCUGGCGUGUAUUUCCAAGACCUAAGGGUGCAGGAUAUGUCUUUUCCUGACUUUCAUUUCCCAGAAAUGAAUUUGCCAGAGCUACAAGUACCUUUAUUAUCAAUCCCCAAGCUAAAUUUGGAAGAAUUUCAGGUUCCAGAUAUCCAUAUUCCAGAAUUCCAGCUACCACGUAUUCCGCAUUCUGUGACUAUCCCUACUUUUGGAAAACUAACAGGCACUUUCCGAGUUGCUUCUCCCUUCUUCACUCUGACAACUGAUGCUGCUUUCCACAAUGUAACAGCUUCUGAACACAGUCCAGAAUUUGUGGCUUCUGUGUCAGCUAUUACAACAUCCAAGAUCAACUACCUUGCUUUCACACUGACUGCAGAUUCACGACUUCUUGCUCCCGAGAUGCAGCGAUUAAUCCUAAGAGACAGCCUGAAGUUCUCCCAUGUCUAUAUUAAAGCUGAUCAUGUUGGUGAAAUGAUAUUUACAGGGACCACUGUUCAAGGUAGUUCUGAAACCACUGCAAAUGUCCUCAGUGCACGGAAUGCUAUGGAUCUGCACAACAAGCUAACAGUCAAUGUUCAGAAGAAGAUUUCCAUGGAGAGUAAGACAACAUACACUCAUAGGUUAAAUAUUCCAAAGGCCCAGUUCACCAGCCAAGCUGAAUUAAGCAAUGUGAUAUCAACAGAACUGGAAGCAGGACGCAUAUUACUGAGUUCUACUGGAAAAGGAGACUGGAAAUGGGCCACACAUGAUUAUUCUGAUGAAGGAACCCACGAAUCAAGUGUCACUUUCAGUGUAGGAGGAUCUGUAGCUGCAUUUGUGGCCGAAAACAGGAUAAAUGAUAAGUACUUGAAAGUCAACCAAAGACUGGCAUAUGAAUAUAAUUUACCAAGUUCUGCAAAGCUGCAGGUUGAGUCGACAGUGGAAUCUCCACUGUUGGGGCGUAGUGUCCUGAGCCUACAAGGCACUGGGAAUCUUGCAGAACUGAAAAUAGAAGUCAGUGGAACACACAAUGCUAAGUUAAGUGGACGCAUCUCUGGGACUUUGAAUAAUGAUGUGGCCUUCUUGGUACAGCCCUUUGAAAUCAGUGCAUCAACAAAUAAUGAUCUGAAUGCGAAAGUUAGCUUACCACUGAAGAUUGUUAGCAAAGUUGAGUUUCUGAAUAACUAUAACCUUAAGCUGAGUCCUUCCACUCAACAAGUUAGCUGGAGAACAGAGAGCAGAUUUAACCAAUACAAAUAUGCCCACAACAUGUCAGCUGGCAACAAUGAAGAUCGCAUUGAAGGGUCCGUGUCUAUAAAUGGUGACGCUAACUUGGACUUCCUAAAAAUUCCCCUCUCAUUUCCUGAACAACAUGUCCCCUACCUUGAUGUAAAGAUGCCCCAGGUUCAAGAAUACUCUCUGUGGGAGGAAACAGGGUUGAAGAAUUUCCUAAAGACUACAAAGCAAUCAUUUGACUUAAGCCUAAAAGCUCAAUACAAGAAGAACAAAGAUAUGCAUUCAUUUCAGAUUCCUUUAGAUGGAGUGCAUAGAGCAAUCAACGACUAUAUUGUGUUCUUCAACAAGCAUUUUGAGAGAGGUAGGGACCAAACCUUGGCUUUCCUGACAGAGUCAUACAAUCAAGCCAAAACCGAGUUUGACAAAUACAAAGUGCAUCCUUCUGCCAACCAAGUUCCACAGAUCUUCAGGAUUCCAGGAUACACCGUUCCAGUGGUCAAUAUUGAGGUCUCUCCCUUUACAGCUGAGCUGCCAGCUGUGGGCUACAUUAUCCCAAAAGAAAUUAGCACUCCCAGUUUCAAAGUGCCACUUGUUGGGUUUUCAGUGCCAUCAUAUACAUUAGUCCUUCCAUCAUUUGGACUGCCGGUUCUUCACAUUCCCCAAGGUCUCCAGACAUUGAAACUUCCCAGCUAUCAGAUACACAGUCCGUCUGAUAGAGUGUACAUUCCAGCCUUGGGAAAUUUCACCUAUGAAUUUUCAUUCAAAUCCAGUAUGAUCACCUUGAACACAAACGCUGGUUUUUUCAACCAAUCUGAUAUCAUUGCUCGUUUGAGUUCAUCUUCCACUUCAGUGAUUGAUGCUUUGCAGUAUAAACUGGAUGGAACGACCAGUCUCACAAGGAAGAGGGGGUUGAAGCUAGCAACUGCAUUAUCCCUGAUCCAUAAAUUUGUGGAAGGAAACCAUGACAGCACUAUCAGUCUUACAAAGAGAAACAUAGAAGCUUCAGUAAUAACCACUGCAAAAAUCAGUACACCGGCCUUAAAAGUAAAUUUUGGACAAGAACUUAAGGGAAAUACAAAAUCAAAACCAAUAAUUUCUUCAACUAUAAAUUUAAAUUAUGAUAUUGAUAUUCCUGUUGCCACAGCUAAAGGAGCAAUUGUCCAUAAGGUCUCCCUAGAAAGCAUUCUGUCUUACAUAUCUGCAGAUACUUCAACCAAUGCUCUCAUUAAUGGAGCAUUUUACCAAGACACCCCAUUUUCUGGAAAGCUGGUUCAUGAAGCAAAUGCCUACCUAAAUUCUAAAGGUGCUCGAUCUUCAGUCAAGUUUGAAACGAAUUCUAAAAUUGAUGGGAUCUGGAAUUUUGAUAUGAAAGAAAAUGUGGCCAUUGAAGCAUCUAUUCAUCGUCUUUAUGCUGUAUGGGACCACAAUGGAGAAAAUAAUUUUCAUUAUCGUCCAGUUUUUGUAACUAUGGGAAACCAGAUCUGCAAAGUAACUUUUGAAUUAGCACCAGAAAGUCUCUCAGCAGCUAUUCAGGUACAAGCCACACAAUCGAAUGACAUGCUUUGUGAUACUUCAGUUAAUCAAGACUUUUUCAUUGCCAUCAACAAAGGAAACCAGAAGAUAGCCUGGAACAGCAAAAACCAAAUCCAUACUCUCUUCCUUGGGCAUGACUUGAAGUUAUCAAAUGAUGACAGAGAAAUUCAGUUUGAGCUGCUGGGAUCUUUGGGUGGGCACAUGGACUUCCUCAAAUACCUCGUGCUGCCGGUUUACAACAAGGACUUAUGGGACAUCUUGAAAUUAGAUCUCACAACUAGUCCUGAAAAGAAGCAAUACUUGAAUGCAUCAACCUCUAUCGUAUACACCAAAAAUGAAGACGGUUAUUUUAUCCCCAUAAAUAUAAAUGGAAUCAAAGUCCCCAAAAAGUUGACCAUGAUGGCAUUUGACAUCAAACUGCCUUCACUGCCAAAAAUCCAGGUUCCCCAGUUAGAUGUACUAACAAGGCAUGUUGACGUGGAAGAAUAUAAAAUUCCUUACCUUGAGCUGACUGUCCCGGAAAAUCUACUGACUAUAUCCCAGUUUACUCUUCCAAAGACAUUCUCUCUGGGCAAUGUGGUUGUGGAUUUGAAUGCUGUCGCCAACAAGAUAGCUGACUUUGAUCUGCCUACAAUUACAAUUCCUGAGCAACAGAUGGAAAUCCCAACCUUUAAAAUCACUUUGCCUGCUGGAAUUUACUUGCCCAAAUUUGGAGCUUUGGCUGCUUCUUUCAAGGCUGCAUCUCCUGUGUACAAUGGCACUUGGGAAACAGAGUUCAAGAAUAACAAAGACUCCUUUGAACAUUCAAUUGAUUUUACUGCAAAUUCACCCCUGCAAUUUUUGGAGUACGAUCUAGAGGGUGUUUCGAUUUACACAUAUGAAGGUGAUCUCCUAAGAGCAAAUACUAAAGGCACCUUCUCACAUCGGGACCUGAGUAUCGACUACAAAGAAGUUAUGAUUUUACAAGGAUACAGACUCCUGGACUACACUGGAUCUGUGGACAUCCUUAGCCCAACAUUCACGGAUCUUCAAGUGCGUUACCACUCGGAUCAGUCGAAAAUUGCAGUCUCAGCAACAACUUCUUCAGCCGGCACUCUUGGUUUUGUGAUCGCUCUGGACGACAAUAUCCUCAAGAGCAAGAUUUUCUACCAAACUCAGAACAACCCCAAGAAUGAAAUCGAUGUCUUUAAAAGUGAGAUAUCUUUCAAUGAUCCUGAACAUAUUCAAUACAAAGCCAACUGGAAAGAGGACGAGGCCAUAGUCUUCCUCCAAGGUUUAAAAGAGAAAAUGCCUAAAAUGGCCAAUGCCCUGUAUCAAGCUGUGGACAAGUACCAUUAUGAGCAUAUGGGCAUGAAGAUCAGUACUGCCACCUUAAAACUCAAGGACAGACUGAGAAAUAGUGCUGACACAGCUUACAGAGGCACUCUGAACAGUAUCAAUGAACUGGAGAAUCAGCUUCAUGUAGUCACUAACCAGGCUACUGGGAAAUACCAGAAGUUGCAGAAGAAGGCCCAAAGGUUGUACUAUGAUGCUGCAGAUCAAGCCAGCCAAAUGGACUAUGACCAAAUCAGAGCCAAAAUUUUCAGUGCCGCAAUGGACACAAUAGAAGAGUACAAUAAAAAGGUCAAGCGUCUUCUUGACUCUGGCAUUGAAUUUUUGAAAGUAACAAAACUUCAGGUACCAGGGAUGGCGGAGAAACACACCGGGGAAGAGCUUUUUGUGAUGGCCACAGCAAAGGUAGCCAAAGUGGUAGACCUCUGCAUUACCAGAUUGCAAGAAUAUUUUGAUGCUUUCAUCGCCUUUGUCAGUGAGCUAGAGGUUCAAAUUCCAGCUUCCAGCCAGAUUAUCAAAGGAAGUCAAAUACUUGAUGAAAUUAAAGGAUUUUUGGCACACGUACACAGGAAAGUCAACCAGAUAUUUGUUGGGAUCCAGGAAAUUGACUUUGCACAACAUCUGAGAGACCUAAAAGAAGUCGUUCAGCAGAUCUUCCAAAAGAUAGAAGAGCUAGUCAGAAAUGUACAAGCCCAAAACUACGAAUAUGUUAACACCCAGAUAAAACAAGCAUUCACAAAGUUUUUACAAGGACUGAAGAGUAUAGCAGAAGACAGAAAGUACUUGGGUCCUCGUAUUGAAAACAUCAUCCAGAACACCAUAGAAUCAGGCUCCACAAAGCUGGAAGAAUUUUUGCAGAGUGUAAAAGUCCUGAGGGAGGAAUAUUUUGACCCAAGCAUUGUUGGCUGGUCUGUCAAAUAUUAUGAAGUGGAAGAGAAAGUGUUGGCUUGGCUGAAAAGUGUCAUCAGUGCUGUGGUAGAGUGGCAUACCAAAAAUGUUAGUGAGACUGCUGACUUUGUGGCACGUCUGACAGAGCGAGUCAAAGAAUUUGUGGAGAAACAGGAACAACUCAAUGAGCUGUCUCAGUCUGCUCAUGACCAAAUCCUGUAUUGGUCCGAAGCUGCCAGAAAGAGCGCUGCUGAUCAAAACGAACAAGUCAAGGCAAAACUACAGGAGGCGUACGAACACCUUUCUGAGGCCUAUGAAAGGCUCAUUGCCGAGACGAAAAAAUUGAUCGACUUCACAAUAGAAAACUAUACAGCAUUCCUCCAGUAUCUCCAGCAGCUUCUUAAUCAUGUUGAGACCACAACAGCUGAAACCUUAAGGCCUUAUAUAGUUGUUCGCCAAGGAGAACUCAGGGUAGACAUACCAAAACCGUUCGAUUUGCUAUUGUUCUAUUCACCUCCCCAGACAAUUCAGGGAAACGAAUUGAUUCAGCAAGGCAUCAGUCAGACUUCCAAGAAAAGGGAAGAGCUCCAGAAUUCCAUCCAUUGGCAAAUUUGUGCUGGGCAACUGACCAUGCAGCAGAUCAAACAAAAUAUACAGAAGUGCAUACAGUCCUGGAUGCAUAAAUAUGAGGAAUGCUAGUAGAUGCUUUUUUUAAAACACAACAUAUUUAAAACCUACAUCUAGUAACGCUUGUUUUCGGGGCUCAUUUUUUGUGGGGGGACAUCAGUAAGCUAUUUGUUUGAAUCUGGCAUUUCUGCAUGAAAGAUGAAUAAUCUGCAGGUUAGUUUCAUGCUCUGCAAAAGCCAAUAAAUGAAUUCUGUAUGACAUCUCAGUGUCCUUUAUUAAAACCAGUUUCCUUGAAAGACUGUGAUCCAGUGCUUGUGAAUAGAGGGGUUUACAGUGGCUUCAUGUCAGAAGUUAUAGGGUCAGCCGCACUUCAUGCAAUAUAAAAUAAGAAGCGGCUUGUGUGAUAAAGGUCAGCCUAAACUAAAGAGUAGGAAUAAUUAAUAUUUUUUUAAUCAGGAAGGUAACCAGUGAGUACAGUUGAACAAAAGAGAGUCAGAAGUCUGUGAGCAAGAGAAUAAGCACUGGGUUAAUAUUGGUGAAUUUCACAGAAAAUAAAACAAAUCAAAACAAAAAUGUCAGUGGCAGUUAAAUUAUUACAGCCACAAGUAAAACAAAAUGCUUGUUUUUCUGCCCUAAAUAAUCCUCCUAACCAAUCAAGGGUCAGGACCAUAUUUGUAAAGAAAAAUGGUUUCUAUUUUCUUCUUUACCAAGUUAGUGUUCUCUGCACUUUGCAACCAUGGUUUUUAUAUUUCGGUUUUGAUUGUGAAACAUAUUAGGCAAGCUUCAGAUUAAUCCAAGGUUGCCAGUUCCUUGCUCUGAAGCAAGCUUCUGGGCUGCCCUUUGUCUUUACUAAGAUAGUGCUAUGCAGUUGGGAAAAAGAUCAAGAGAUGCAGUAUUUCAGCACCUUUAAAGAAACAUAUGCCCUCUUUGGGUGAUGCUCCAAGAAGUCUCAUCAAAAUUAUUCACAAAACUGAAAUAUAAAAAUUUUAAAAGCAAACUAUCUGAGUUUAAUAAUUUAUUUAGUAUUAUAUUUUGCUGUUAGCAUACUAUGUACAUACCAGAGCUCCCCCUCUCUCCCCUUCCCUUCUUGCUUCUAUUAGAAUAAACUCAUUUUUGCAGUAUCAAUAGAAGUGAUGUGUGUAUGUGUCUUUUAAUUAAACUGUUUUUCUCUGUG